AUGCAUGACACAGUUGAAUUUGUUCAUCGCACAGCAUAUGACUUCAUCGUUGGUACUGAAGCAGGCCAAAAGAUCAUGAGUUAUAGCGAGAUAUCAGACUGUGAGGUGGAGGUGCUCUUGUUCUACAGCGCCUUGUACUGGCAGAGGAUACUUUACCCUGUACACAAACUUCGUAUGAGCACGCUCCAUCUCGUCAAGGGAUUGCCGAGAUUGCUAGGGCUCAAAGGCCCCGAGGAGAACAUGCAGAAAAUUAAGGGUCUGUGUUGUGCAAUAAGGACAUUUUAUGAUAAUGAGUUUUUGGCCUCCGGCUUUGGACGAUGGCCUCAGCCUCCAUUUGCGUCGAUCCUGGCAACAGUCAGACCAAUCUUUGACUGGGAGGUGGAACAUAUGGACCCUGACUCAGCUACCAGCGUUCUGCAAAACAUCCCGUGGCAUAAGCUCAAAUGGGACGAGAGCAACGAUAUACCAGUGUCAGGACUGCGGAGGCUUCUUUCACAAGGCGCUGACCCAGACGCUGCCGUGUCAUACGCGGCGCUCUACCCCAUUACAACAGUGCAGUAUGGAAAGCGAACAGCUGCUCUGUGGGAAUUUCUCUAUCAUACCCAAUGGGCCAUGUGGCAGAAUGAUAGUCAAAACAGGACGACACAGCCCCAUGUAGUAGAGAUCGCGGCGGAAAUGCUACAAAAAUCUUCCAAUGUCGACCAACAUGGACUUUUGGACUAA